AUGCAGAUGAGUAAGUGUUUAGGUAGAAUUUAUCCAAUCUACUUUACUCUUUGGACUACAACCCCACCUGGUCUCAGAUCUUAUACGCACCUUCGCACAUACUGUGGUGAAAUUCACCCACCAGCCUUCGUGUCCACAAAUUCAUGGUGCCGACCGUGGUUGGUUGACCAAGGCCACCAACGCCGACCAAGCUAUUGGCUGAAGCGAUCAACCAAUGGACGUUCAGCACCACCAAACGUUUUGUCAUUCAGAUCUGCGACAGCUGUUUCCGGAUCACAUCGGCAUAGCAAGCUGUGUGACAAGCAUGGACACGUGCCUUACCAAAGUCGUAAUCUGCUGAUGUCUGGAUUUCCACUGGUGUUUACCUGGAUAUUGUUUGGAACUGAUCUGUUUUUCAAUUACCAAAUCAUUAACCAUGUCUCUGGAGCUUCAAAAAUUCAGCGUCGCCUAUCCGAUCAUCGAGUGGGGACAUUCGAUACAAGAGACGAAUCCAGAUCUUCCUACGUCACAUAUCAAAACACCUCAACACCGUGUCCCAUGUUUUGUUUUCUUCGUCCUCCCGAUAACCAGAUGGUCGCUUGCGUCCGACAUCCGAGCGAAAUGCGAAAGGAAGAAAAAAAGGAAAUUAAAUUUAUCGAAUGUCGCCAGUAUAAAGGAAGAGGUGAGAUUAUCCUGGGGAACCGCGAAUCCGUUCGUGGUAUCGAAACAGGCGCUGUGGCAAAACUCUUAAACCCAGGUGAAGAGCUGCCAACCAGUGCUGGGCAGCUUUCCAUCUACCUGAAUUUGAACAUGGUUCGUCUGGAGGCCGGCGCAUUUCAAGGUUUGGAAACAGUUAUCACCGAGGUACGUUUGAUAAACACGGUACAAAUGCAUCCAGAUAGCUUGUUAGCUUUGAAACAUUUACGAGCGUUCGAAAUCGAGAGUGGCCGAAGCCCAGUGCUUUGGAUCGGGGAGAGUGAAACGAACGGGAUAGAGUCGGACAGGCGAACAUCGGGAAAUAUACCCAUGUAUAUUAGACUACAACCCGUCGAUCCCGAUGCACCCAUUAGCUUCAAUUUAGAAACCAGGUGUCAUCAGUGUGUGGAAGUCAAUUCCACCGAAGCAACACAUUUGAUUGUUGUACUACAAUCUCCACAAACUUUGAGUAUGAGAGAGAACCGGGGCAGACCAGUUGGAUUUAGUAUACUCUUUCCUCAAACAUGUCCAAAAUUGUCUGAGGCCCCAGGAUGUUCAAGCUUUUGGGAUGAUUAUGGCUAUUCCAGCCUCACUGGUACGACCGCCAGCAGACCAAGCCAUCGCAAUACGGAAGGCGCCGCUGUUCAACAUACCACAUAUAGUCCAUCGCUUUUGAUUCUUUUGAGUGUUUGGUGUACCUUAUUGACAAUUGUGAUUCUGUUGAUUGUGGGUAUUGUUUACUGGUGUACACGGCGUUUGCAUCAUCAAAAGCCGCUACCGAGAUGGUUGCCAAUAGUCUGUGCAACACAGCAAUCAUCCAUAGAGGAUGUGAGUAUAAAUUCAAGCAACAGUGAUAUCAGCAAGCCACCUGGCAGCUCUCUAAGAGUUGCUUCCGGUACGCUGUUUAAUUCUCUGCUGAACGGGUCAAGAGGAUCGUGGAAUAGUCUACGCGGGGGAGGGUUGCACUCGAGAAGCGCACACAGUUUGAAAGAUCGAAACGUUCGUGGAAACAGAUAUUACCAGACCAUUCAGAAUCAGCGGACUCGACGAGCGGAACCUCACCGCCGGAGUAUAGGUAGUCAGACGGAUUUUAGCCAACUCAAUGCUGAGACUGCGAUUUACUCAAGUCUUCGACGUCACCAGUUACCAGGUGAACACAGUUUUUAUCCCGAACCACCAUUUCGAACCAGCAGUCAGUAUGCACUAUCCCGAAUGCGAUAUCUAACUAAAUUUGAUUCGGUCUAUCCCAAAGUUGAGCCGAUGAGAAACAGAUAUUCAUUUGGUGGUGCUUCGUUAAUGGAUACCAUCGAAAACGGUCCCUAUUGGCAAAAUCUCACCGCCACUACCGAACCAAGUGCGGAUAUUCCAGAGGCCUCGAAGCAUUUCAGUAUGGAUUACGAACUACUGAUGCAUCCACCAGUUCACACACUUCCUCCUCUUCAUCCCGUGUCCUCAAAAGUCAACGAUUCACCAGCCCCUUGGAAAAGAUCCCUCCAGAACGGUUCACUAAGAAGUUAG